AUGACUGCCACACUUGAAUGGUCUGAAAGAAAGCCGGGAGUCUUCUCUCGCGCGCUGGAUGAUUUGGAGCUCUUCUACACUUGGGUGGGCACGCCCCGCUCAAAGGAGAAUAAGCAAAACUGGUACAUGAGUUCCGGAAUCAAGCUUGAAAUUCAGCGGCCAAAUCUUGUGGAAGCCACGAAAACAGCUUGGCUAGAGAUCCGACGAAGAUAUCCGAAUAUUGCUGCCAAAGUCGAGAAUGGCGUCUGGAUCUACCGGGUGGCAUCCAACCAGGAAGAGUAUAAAACUUGGCUUGAGGAAACUUUUCAUGUCCAUCGCACGUCCUUGACUGCGCGCGAGCUUUGGUCGGAGCCAGACAUGCAGCCCACCACACGAAUCACCAUCCAUGUCCUCCCGAAUACUCAAGAAAUCUUGAUCCGCGGGCCGCACUUGAUGCUCGACGGCUUCCUAUCGAUGAAGAUCUUGCGCACCAUCAUGGAGAUUCUCGGAAAUCCACCAGACGCUGUCCGCUUUGGAGAUGAAGCCAAAAAUUUGCAAAUGCCACUUGCAGUAAACUGUCGAACUCCGCCGUAUACUGCUGCACAGGAGGCAAAAUGGCAAUCUAUUCUUGACGAGUGGGCCCAGGCUGUACCGACCACACAUCUGCAGACCACCAAUCAGACACAACCACCGGGUUGCUCGCGCUCUCAAUGGCUGGUAUUCGAUGCCGAAGACACGCGUCAAAUUCAAAAUGCGCUCCGGAAGCUGGGCAUAUCACUUGCUGCAGCAACGCAGGCUGCCUUGUCGCUUGCCGCUCGCAAACACAGUAGUGGCGAGGACAAAUACAACUCGCAUGCCACCUUUGGUCUCUACAGCGCCCGAGAGUUCGUUCAAUCGUCCAUCACUCCGUCCGAAAUCAUAGUUCCUCACGUUCUCGGGGUGCCGGUUGUGAUUCCUCUCCGUUCCACCUUCAUCGAGACUGCACGCGAUGCUGGAAAAGCGCUUCAGGGCGCAAAGGGCACCGACGCCUUCGCAUUGGCCGUAAGCCCACUAUGGACGUCCGACCUCCCAAAGUUGCUUGCAAAGCCUCUUCCGGAUGAUAGCCCUAUGCCAGCCGAUAUCCAGCUUUCGUACAUGGGCCCGCUCGACUCUCAUCUGCUUAAGGAAGUUCGGGACCAUCUACGACCAGGUGAGGAUAUUCGUUGCCUAGAUUGGUGGGCGGCAUUGGAUAUGGUCGGUGCUAAUGUCGUCUGUCCAACGGUCGUGUUCCAAGGCCAGCUAAGGUUCAGCCUGGGGUAUAACGAGGUAUACCAUAGUAAGGAGAGUAUUAAAUACUUCUUGGAUCUUGUGGGGAAACAAUUGAGUGAAGGUCUCAACCUUAGCCUGUUUCCCACAGCUUGUGUUCCUGGAGAUGAAGAUUGGUUGGUUAAAUACGAUGACGAAGAUUAA